AUGCACAUGCUUUCAUUUGCUGCGCUAGAAAUCGUAGUUUUAAUGUUGGUUGUUGCAAAUGCUACUGCAUUGAGAAUUAAUAGAGCAAAUAAGUGCGCAGUUGAUGAGCAGAAUAAGAAAGUUGAUGGCAUCGAUAUGGGGUGCCAAACGAGUAUUGCGAACAAUCGUAUCACAGGUGUUGACAAAGGUACAAUGACAGAAGAAGAUUUGAUGGAUGACGUGUUACCAAAUAGUAGUAUGGAUGCUGAUCGAAGGAUGAAAUGUUCAAACGGAUUGGAACGUGGUGCUGGAUUAUCUUUGGGUAGAACGACAUGCGAUAGAUCGUUUUCUGUGCAGCAGAGCCAUCAACACGAUCUAAAGCAUAACCAAGGCAUGGUUGCACACCAUAAUGAUUUGGAUCGAGAUGAAAAAUCUGAUGUAUUUGAACAUGAGGUGUGCACCGCGUAUGAUGCCAAUGAAAGGGGUGAUGAAGUAGUUCAUGGUGCAAAUGAUCAUUCUACGUCACGUGCUUCGAAUGCCAUCCGGUUGAAAGCAAAAGUUGAAAUGUGUCUCGAACGAGUAAAGAAUAUGAUUUUAAACUGUUUUUCGUGCUAUAUGCAGUGGAAGGAAGCUGAUGAUAUAGAAACUGAAAAUUUUAUUGAUGAAUUAAUCCCCGAUGCGGCAGGUUUCGAAGAUGCGGUCGAUCAAGAAUUGGAAGAGCCACAGGAGGGUCUUGGUGAAUCGUUUGUGCGUCUUUUUCAUGAUUACACCACAGCUUCUUCGAAUGAUGAGGAUGGUGAGUUUAUGUUAGAUGAGAAUAAUGAAGGUGAUGUGUAUGAUAUGGACGAAUAAGAUGUGAACGGUGAGUUUAUGCCCGAUGAGAAUGAUCUAAAUCUCCUGGAUCAUAGACAGAACAAUUUUUAUGGUCGGCAGAUGGCGAGGCUAUAGCGGGUAGCACCCAUCAAAAAGGAACGAUUGAUUGAUUUGAGGUGUAACUGAGCUGCUAAUUAA